AUGUCUGUUGUCGGUAUUGAUCUCGGUGCGCAGAGCACCAAGAUUGGUGUUGCCCGUAACAAGGGCAUCGAUAUUAUCACCAACGAGGUUUCCAACCGUCAGACCCCGUCUAUGGUUGGAUUCAACAACCGCAGCAGACACAUCGGUGAAGCCGCCAAGACACAAGAGACCUCCAACCUCAAGAACACCGUCGCUUCGCUCAAGCGCCUUGUCGGCCGCGCCUUCAACGACCCCGAUGUUGAACUCGAGCAGAAGUUCAACACCGCCAACAUCUGUGACGUGAAUGGCCUGGCCGGUGUUGAGGUCCAAUACCUCGGCAAGAAGGAGAAGUUCACUGCGACCCAGCUGGUCGCCAUGUUCCUGACCAAGAUCAAGGACAUCACCUCCAAGGAGCUCGGUCUGCCCGUGUCCGAUGUGACCAUCAGCGUUCCUGCCUGGUUCACCGAUGUUCAGCGCCGCGCGAUGAUCGAUGCCGCCGACAUUGCUGGUCUCAAUGCCCUGCGCCUCGUCAACGACACCACUGCCACCGCUCUCGGCUACGGUAUCACCAAGCUCGACCUGCCCGGUCCCGAGGAGAAGCCCCGCCGUGUGGCUUUCGUCGACAUCGGUUACAGUGACUACACUGUUUCCAUUGUUGAGUUCCGCAAGGGUGAACUCAACGUCAAGUCAACCGCUUAUGACCGUCACUUCGGUGGUCGUGACUUCGACUACGCUCUGACUGAGCACUUCGCCGAGGAGUUCAAGGAGAAAUUCAAGAUUGAUAUCCGUACCCACCCCAAGGCCUGGUCCCGUACCCUCGCCGCGGCCGAGAAGCUCAAGAAGGUUCUGUCCGCCAACCCCCAGGCUCCCAUGAGCAUCGAGUCCCUGAUGGAGGAUACCGAUGUGCGUGCCAUGGUCAAGCGCGAGGAGCUCGAGGAGAUGGUUCGCCCUCUUCUGAACCGUGUCACUGUUCCUCUGGAGCAGGCCCUCGCAGAGGCUAAGCUGAAGCCCGAGGACAUUGACUUCGUUGAGAUGGUUGGUGGCUGCACUCGUGUCCCCGCUAUCAAGGAUACUAUCUCCAAGUUCUUCGGCAAGAACCUGUCCUUCACCCUGAACCAGGAUGAGGCUAUUGCCCGUGGUUGCGCUUUCUGCUGUGCUACCCUCUCCCCCGUUUUUCGUGUCCGUGACUUCGCCAUCCACGACAUUGUCAACUACCCUAUCGACUUCACCUGGGAGCAGUCUCCUGAUAUCCCCGAUGAGGAUACCAGCCUCACUGUCUUCAGCCGUGGCAACGUCAUGCCUUCUACCAAGAUUCUUACCUUCUACCGCAAGCAGCCCUUCGACCUUGAGGCUCGCUACUCUCAGACUGACAUGCUGCCCGGCAAGAUCAACCCCUGGAUUGGUCGCUUCUCUGUCAAGGGCGUCAAGGCCGAUGCCAAUGAUGACUUCAUGAUCUGCAAGCUGAAGGCCCGUCUUAACCUGCACGGUAUCCUGAACGUCGAGUCUGGUUACUACGUUGAGGACAUGGAGGUUGAGGAGCCUGUCAACGAGGAUGGUGAGAAGAGCGGCGAUGCUAUGGACACGAACGGUGACGAGCAGCCCAAGAAGACCCGUAAGGUCAAGAAGCAGGUCCGCAAGGGUGACCUGCCCAUCAGCGCCGGCACUGGCGGCAUCGACGAGGCCACCAAGGCCGCCCUCCACGAGCGCGAGAACACCAUGUACAUGGAGGACAAGCUCGUUGCCGAGACCGAUGAGAAGAAGAACGAGCUCGAGGCUUCCAUCUACGAGCUCCGUGACAAGAUCGACGGCGUCUACUCCGAGUUCGCCAGCGACGAAGAGAAGGAGAAGCUGCGGGCCAAGCUUAUGGACAUUGAGGACUGGCUGUACGAGGAGGGCGACGACACCACCAAGUCCGUCUACGUCUCCAAGCAGGAUGAGAUUCGCUUCAUCGUUGGUCCCAUCAUCGGCCGCUACCAGGAGAAGGUCGAGGCUGAGCGCGAGGCUCUCCGCAAGGCCGAAGAGGAGGCCGCCGCCAAGAAGCGCGCCGAGGUUGAGGCCAUGAAGAAGGCUCAGGAGGACCUCCGCAAGGCCGAGGAGGAGCACAAGAAGAAGCUCGCCGCUGAGCAGGGUGAUGCCGAGAUGAAGGAUGCCCCCGCUGAGGGUGAGGCCGCCGAGGGCCAGGCCGAGGACAAGCAGUAG